GACCUCAUAUGAAAUGUGUCAGAAUAACCAGUGCGAACAUAGCAAACAAAAACGUGUCAAACCCAUCCCCCCUCCAACCGCACCGUCCAUUGGAAUUAACCUGCAGCCUAGAUGCCCGCUACCGCUGAUUAAUCAUUUGCAGUAUCGGCACCAAAUACUUAUCAGUACCUGGUAAUCCAAAGCGUACUCAGCCGCCAAUGCUAUCCUGUUAGGCAGAAUACAUGCCAUUCCUCCGUCGCAG